AAUCUGAUGAAAAAAGUCAUUUCUGUAUGGACACUAGACUUAACUAUGAUUGGUUUAUUACUUGCUUUAAACUACCGUAAGGAGAUUUGCAGCACAAAAAUAGUGGACACUUUUUGUAAUAAUCCGAAUUUAACGAAGCUCAUAUGUGGGGACGUCAGGAUAAAUAACUACUAUGGCCUGUUCAUAACGAUUUUCUUACAGGGUCUGUCUCUGCUCAUAGUGUUCUUCACAUACAUUCAAAUCCUAAUCACAUGUGUUUUUAAAAGACAGUCUGAUGCCAAAAGCAAGGCGCUUCAGACCUGUGGUACACAUCUGGUUGUUUUUCUAUGUGUUGAAUUUAAUGCACUCUUUUCACUAAUGGCACACAGGUUUGAUAAUGUAUCGCAACAUUUGAGAAGAGCACUUGGUGUUUCUGUGAUGGUAUUUCCUCCUUUUCUCAACCCUUUAAUAUAUGGAUUAAAAACAAAAGAGAUCAGACAGAACAUUAUCUUAUUUUUUUAUAAAAAGAUUUCUCCAACAUAA